AUGUCGUGUGGGGGUCACUCACGACACGACGCGCGUCCAGGCCCCAGUGCGCGCUCCCGCCCUCCAGUACAUAAGCCUCAGCCGCAGCGCGCACUCCUCACAGCGCGCACGGCUCUUUUUACGCACGACAUGUUCUGGGACAGCGCGAGGAAGAUGGAGAUUUGUCAGAGUGCCACGGUUGCCCCUUGUUACUACAGCGAGGAGUUUAGGACCCAGGAGGUGCCAGUCGGACUGGACUUUACAGCAUACGACUUUGGUGGUGAAGACCUCUCUUUUCUGUUAGACCCCAGUAAAUCCGGACUCCAGGGACCAGAGGCCGGCUUCACCGAGACCAAACCCGACCAGAGCUACUGCAGCAAAGUGAACGGAGAGAGUCUGCUCUACAACCUGGACUCCUGCCAGGACUUCAGCUGGUGGACCUCCUACCCCAGCGACGUGGUGAGUGUGGAGGCUCCUGAGGCCCCUGAGGCUCCGUCAGGCCUGUCGUACCAGAGUCUCGGGCCCCAGAACACUCACUUCAGUCCAGCCGCAGAGUGCAGCCACAGUCCCUACAGCUGCAGCCCCUCCCUCAGCACCGCACCAGGUGUCAGUGAGGUCUUCCCCAGUGCAGACUAUUGGCCUGAGUACUCGGCCCUGCCCUCCUUCGCCUCCCCCACCCCCUCCCACCCCUCGCACCCCCAGUCCAGCUCCAGGUCCCACACAUACUGCCCCCGUGUGGUCAAACGCAAAACCGCAGUCUCCGCGGUGCACAGACCGGACCGAGAGGGGCCCAUCUCUGCCAUGUCGGCGUAUUCAGGAUCAGGGCCCAUCCAGCUGUGGCAGUUCCUCCUGGAGCUCCUGCUGGACUCCUCCUGUCGCAGCUUCAUCUCGUGGACCGGAGACGGCUGGGAGUUCAAGAUGUCCGACCCCUCUGAGGUGGCCAAACGCUGGGGCCAGUGUAAGAACAAGCCUAAGAUGAACUACGAGAAGUUGAGCCGUGGUCUGAGAUACUACUACCACAAGAACAUCAUCCACAAGACGUCUGGCAAGCGCUACGUGUACCGCUUUGUGUGCGACGUGCAAGGCAUGCUGGGUAAAACGGCACAGGAAGUGGUGCGCAGCGUCAAGGGCCCGCCCACCCCUGUGACAUCAUCAACGUCAGACAGCCGCUGGGGCUCGUAG